AUGGACGCGAGCGCAAAGAAGAAUGCGGAGCAGCCCAAGCGACGGGCUUGCGAUGAGUGCCGAGGCAGAAAACUUGCUUGUUCCAAAGAGGUCGAUGGAUGUGCUCGCUGCAAGCGUGAGGGCAUCAAAUGCGUUUACUCUGCCCAGAAGCGCAUGGGCAGGCCGAGGAAGCAUCGGGCUGUUGAGACAACCGAACCACAACCUCCUGUCACCGCACCGACCGAACCACCAAAACAGGAGGAAGUGCAGUCGAUCAUGGCCCCGAAUUUCGACUUCGAUAGCACCCUCGGCAUGGAUUUGGACCUCUCCUUUCUCGACAUGAACAAUAUGGACAUGAACUUUCUCGAGAUAGUCGAUCCCAAUAUUCAGUUCCCACCCCUUCCUGAUCAGGUUGACUCGGGCCAAGAGCCAACUGGGAAUGGGAAUGCUAAUGAGAGUGGGAAACCAACCGAACAACGCCCGCACCCGUCUGCAUUCUGGCCCAUGAGCAGCAACCUGAGCGACAUUAACUUCGAUGAGCCCGCCAACCCCGCACCCCGACCACCAGCACUCGAGAUGACGGCAGAGGAGGUCAGCCAGUUACUACGAGUCGACCUUGACACAAUGCCUAGCCUUUCCCCGCCCUCCUCGAACUCACCGAGCACACACGCCUCACCUAGUGAACCGGACUGUACCAAGUCAUGCAAUUGCCUCUCGGCGAUCUACCUAGCCCUCAAUUCCCUUCAGCACCUUCCUAGCGAAGUCUCGGAAGCCAUGCGUGUGGCUCGCACGGCAACAAAAACAGCCCACGACACCAUCCUCUGUCCAAACUGCAGCGACCCGCCCUUGGAACCAACCGCCAUGCCCCCGAUACAAGCCCUGCAAAGCCUGAUGAUGCUCGGCGCGCUGCUCCCCUCCGUCUCCAACGCGUACAUGCGCAUUCUGACUAUGGUCGACGCCGAGGCCGCCGAAGCCGACGCCAAUCGGCGCAAGAUCACCUUCUCACUGGCGGCGUACGGCGGGCUGUGGGGGUGGGCGGCUCAGAUGGACCCCCUCAGGUGCGGGGCGGCGGACCGGCUCGAGGGCGCCGUGCUGGAGCCGAUUCUCUGGCGGCUGACGGUGCGCGCGCUGCUCAAGAUGGACGUGUACGGCAUCAACGAGCUGACGCCGGGUGUCGAUGACGAAACCGCCCAGCAGCCCGGGCUGAAGGACAUCAUCAACAUGAUGGAGCAACGCUCGCGACGGCGCCACGAGCAGAUGGAUGCGCUGGUGGCGUCGGGUGUUGUGUUGAAGUCGAAUUGUGAAUAUGUCUCGCUGUCGUCGGGCGAUAAGCCGACAUGCAUGCGGAUUAUCGACAUCGCAAAGAGGUCCAUGGACGAUCUGAUUAUUCCCUGA